AUUAUUUAAUACAUCAGACCUAAAAAUGAGCAAUCCAAAUACAUUUAGACUUUGUUUUCUCUACAAACAUCUCUCCCGAACCAAACCAAAUCACUCCUCUUCUCUUCUCACAUAUACUAAUAUUUCAUUUUUAAAGCUUCUAUCGUUUCAUUGAUUUAUCUUUACGCAGAAAUCCAUAUUCAUUUGCAGGGGGGAUAAACAUGAGACUUAAAGAUCUCUAUAUCAAGCUCAAGAUGUUUCGGCUGAAAAGGUUGCUGGUAAGAAAUGGAGGGAGAAAGAAGAGAAAGGUUAAGGUUGGGAAGGCGUCAUGGAUGAUGCCCGUCUCUCAUGGGUAUCAUGUUGUCGAGGAUCAACCAUUUAGAAAUGGUUCAGACGAGUCAGAUUCUGACUCAGUUGUAGUGCAGAGAGAACAGAUUGAAGAGCUUGAGUUGUGGUUCUUUGGAGUUUUUGAUGCCCGAAUUGGAGACGUUGUUACCAAGUAUAUGCAGUCUCAUCUCUUUGAUAAGAAGCCAAAACAGUCUCACAUUAGGAGAAAGAGCAAAGAGGCAAUGAGAAAGGCAUACCUAUGGGCAAGGGCAAAGAUGAGAGAGGCACAGGAAGCAGAUGCAGAUGAGACAUGGCGAGUGGGUUCGGCUUCUGUCAUGGUGAUUAAUGGAGAAAAGCUUGUGAUAGCUAACAUGGGUGACUACAGAGCUGUUGUUUGUAGAGACGGUGUGGCUCAUCAGAUUAAUAGCAACCACCAGCACCCAGCAGCCAAAAGACAUUGGUCUCGCAGAUAUUUCUCAGGCAUGUUAGCUUGCCAGAGGGGGAACACAGCAGAGUCAGGACAAUGUAUAGGAUCGGAGCUGGCUGUUGGUGCUGAGAAGAUAGAUUCUGACACUGAAUUUGUUAUAAUAGCAAGCAAUGGCAUAUGGGAGGUGAUGAAAAAUCAAGAAGCUAUGAGUCUGAUUAGGCACAUAGAGGAUCCCCAAGUAGCAGCUGGAUGUUUGGCAAAGGAGGCUCUGAGCAGAAUGAGUAAAAGCAGUAUUUCUUGUGUAGUGAUUCGUUUUGGUUAAUGUUUUAACCAUCCUUUUCACCAAAAUAUUCUACAUUAGAGAGGCGGUAAGAGUUUUUUCUACGAAUCACAAUCAUAUUUUAAACUGGAUGAUUGAUGAUACAAUUUGGAGGACUAAUGCAAAUAGCAGAAACUGCAGUAAAUUUUAGCUAAUAUUUUCUGAA